AGAAUUUAAGUGGCCAGUAAUUUAUCAGUCAAAAAUCUUUAAAGAAAAAAAAAUAUUUCGUUGAAAUUCUUAAUACGAUAAAAUGGCGAAUUACGGACAGCCUCCCUAUGGACAGCCAGGAUAUGGAGCUCCACCUGUGGGUCAGCCAGGUUAUGUUCCGCCUGGUGGUCAGCCUGGGUAUGGAGCCCCAGGUCAGCCCUAUCCUGGUGCGCCUGUUGGACAAGCACCUUACGGCGCUCCACCUGCAGGACAGCCAUAUGGGGCACCCCCACAACAAGGUUGGGGAGGUGCUCCGGCAAUAGAUCCGCAAGUGCAGCAGUGGUUUAUGUCAGUGGACAUAGACCGUAGCGGUCGCAUAUCGGCUUUAGAACUACAGCAAGCGUUGGUGAAUGGAAACUGGUCACAUUUUAACCCAGAAACAUGCAGGCUCAUGAUAGGAAUGUUUGACAGGGACCAUACUGGACAGAUUGAGCUGAACGAAUUCCAGGCGUUAUGGAACUAUAUUCAACAAUGGAAGGGCGUGUUUGAAAGAUUUGAUGCGAAUAGGACUGGGCAAAUAGAAUCAAAUGAACUACAUCAAGCUUUAUCAUCAAUGGGAUACAACUUGUCUCCACAGUUCAUGCAGAUGUGCAUCUGUAAGUUUGACAUACAAGGGAGACGAAGCAUGAAGCUGGAUGAUUUUAUUCAGUGCUGCGUGAUGGUGAAAUCUCUUACAGAUAUGUUUAUGGCACGAGAUCCACAGAGGACUGGAAGAAUUACGAUUACUUAUGAAGAUUUUAUGACAAUGAGCAUUUUAAAUAAGCCCUAGGUUAAUCAAUGAGAUUAAGGGAUUUUGGGAAAUUAAUUAACAAUAAUAUAGCUUCACUUUACGCAUUUAUAUGUUGUUUAUUUAUUACCGGAAUAAAAAUGACUGUACCAGUUGAUGAAUGAGAAAGUCAAAAUGUGAGUGAAAUGAACAAUCAAGCAAUCUUUAGAACUCCUGCUGCUGUUUAAUUACUCACAAAUAUUUCACUUAUAAAAUCCUCUGAACUUCAUAGAAUAUUUGGUUAAAAUUUUAAGAUGUGAUGUAUUAUAAGUUAAAAUUGAAGGACUAUUGAAAAAUUAUUGUUAAAUGAGCCGCGCCAUGAGAAAACCAACAUAGUGGGUUUGCGACCAGCAUGGAUCCAGACCAGCCUGUGCAUCCACGCAGUCUGGUCAGGAUCCAUGCUGUUCGCUAACAGUUUCUCCAAUUCCAAUAGGCUUUAAAAGUGAACAGCAUGGAGCCUGACCAGACUGCGCGGAUGCGCAGGCUGGUCUGGAUCCAUGCUGGUCGCAAACCCACUAUGUUGGUUUUCUCAUGGCACGGCUCAAAUGGUUCAUACUUUUCUAAUAAAUAGUAACCUCUGAAAGAACAUUUACUGACCUAUAAAUCUCGAACUUGCACAAGUAUGAAGAUACCUGUUUUAGAACAUGUGAGGAAAAAAUGAUCAAAUAAUUUUUAAAUUUUUACAUUUAAUAGAGAUAUUUUCUAUAUAUAGAGACUUUCCGUGUUGUUUUACAAAUGUUGCUUGAAAUGCAUUCACAUUGUACUGACAGUGUUACAGUGAUUUAGAAUCUAUACAGUUUUACAUGUUUUAUCUUUAGAUGGAAUGAAAAAUGGAUUGUGGAUAAAAGGGGUCAUUCUUGUAUAUCAGACUUUAUAACACAGCAAGAUUUAUAACACAUCAAUAAUUGUUGGUCACUAUUACAUUUAAGUAUGAUAUUAAGAAUAGCUAGAUCCUUUCUAGUUUAGAUCAGAAUUUUACUGUGUGACUAACACAGUAGAUUGUCCACAUUUUUUACUGACUACACAAUUUGUGAAUAAAUCCUGCUUGAACUCAC